CGAUGGAUUGGCUGCGGCGUGAACGGGGUGUGUUUAAAGUAGAAUUCUGAAUGGCUCCGGCGCGGAGCCGGUUGUCUAUGUGGCUUGUUAGUAGAAUCAUGGCCAAGCUGGGAAGAGCGGUUGCCAAGUGAGAGGGGGCGCGUGUGUGUAUCGCGCCAGCCAGGCGAGGGAAAAGGGGAGAAAGAAACGGGGCGCUCCCGACCAUGCUGCGUUCGCCUGUCUCUCAUUCUCGUCGGGCUGCGCGCAGGAUACCGUGGAGGUGGCCGAGCGCUGUCUUCGGUCCCCUUGCCCUUUUUUUUCUCGCGCUGUCUUCACCGGGUCUGGGCUCAGCUGAGGAACGGCUCCGACAGGCAUGCAAUACCUGCCGCGGGAUCACCGAGCGGUUCAGUAGGGGUUUAACGGAUACUGCAAAGAAGAACUUUGGAGGUGGCAAUACAGCUUGGGAAGAAAAAACAUUAUCAAAGUAUGAGUCCAGUGAAAUUCGUCUUGUAGAGAUAAUCGAGAACCUGUGUGACAGUAGUAACUUUGAAUGCAACAACAUGGUGGAAGAGCAUGAAGAACAUAUAGAAACCUGGUGGUUCAAAUGGAAGAAGAAAUAUCCUGAUUUGUUCAAGUGGUUUUGUAUAGAAACUAUUGAAGUUUGUUGUCCUGCUGGAACACAUGGACCAGAUUGUGUUGCUUGUCGUGGGGGAUCAGAAAGACCUUGCCAUGGAAAUGGCCAUUGUAAUGGCGAUGGCACCAGAGGUGGCGAUGGAUCAUGCAGCUGUAAAAAAGAAUACCAAGGAGAAUUUUGUUUGGACUGCUCUGAUGGCUACUACAACUCUCACAAAAAUGAUACACACUCUGUUUGUACAGCUUGUCAUGAUUCAUGUAAAACGUGCACUGGUGCAACUAAUGCAGACUGUAAGGAUUGUAAAGAAGGUUGGACCAGAAAUGAAGAAGCCUGUGUGGAUGUGUAUGAAUGUGCUGUAGAAGACUCUCCUUGCAGCUCUGACCAGUAUUGCUUAAACACAGAGGGCUCUUUCUCCUGCAAAGCAUGUGAUCUGAGCUGCCUGGGAUGCACAGGAGAAGGGCCCAACAAAUGUAAAAGUUGCAUAACCGGCUAUGAAAUGAAAGAUGAACAAUGCAUAGAUAUAGAUGAGUGUACCUUGUCAGAAACAGUGUGUGUAAGAGAAAACGAAAGCUGUGUUAAUACUCCAGGUGGUUACAAAUGUGCUUGCUCCGAGGGCUUUCAAGAUGAGGACGGCUCUUGUGUUCCAACUUUAAAAGCAGAAGAGGAGAUGCCAGCAAAUGUAUCUUCACCUGCUGCCCAUGAAGACUUAUGAUCUACAUUCCAAGACAACAGAUACUGAUAUCAAACCUUUAAGUUAUUGGACUGAACAGCUACUACCUGAGAAGAUGUAUAAAUGGUAUUAAAUAAGUUCAGGUUGCCAGUAUGAUUAUCUUUGGAAAUGGAUGAUGACUUGCCCUUUAAACUGCAUUUCUUUGUUAAAAAUAAACAAUUGUUACUUUUUUAUACUGCCAUUAAACUAUCUUAGUAGAAGUUGUUGGAGAAACAUACAUUUCAACAUUUUUUCAGGGUAACUGAUUAAAGUGAAUGACGUAUUGCUGAGCCCUGCAAAAAGAAAUGCUCCAAGUGUAAAAGAAAAUGAAUUGGUGAAUACUUUUAGAUCUGGAUGGUUUUUCUAUGACUAGCACUUGUCUUUUCAAUACUGGUAAAGGGAGAACUGGUUUUAUGGAAAAGGCUGCUCUUGUAAAUGAAAACUGAAUGUCAAGUGUGGCAUUCAAUAAAGAUUUAUUUUGACUGCUUUGUACUUUG